CCCGGCGGCGGGGCGGCCCCCGCCCCGAGGCAGGACGAUGCCGGUGAAGAAGAAGAGGAAGUCCUCGGGGUCGGCGGCUGCAGCGGCGGACGACACCGGCCUCAAGAAAUGUAAACUCGGCAGUGAAAUGGAAGGAGAGGUCAGCACACUCCAAAACAAAAGCAGAUCACAAGCCUCUGGUAAAGUAAUAAGUGGAGAGGAACAUUUUUCAAGCAAAAAGUGCCUGGCUUGGUUUUAUGAAUAUGCAGGUCCUGAUGAAGUUGUGGGGCCCGAAGGAAUGGAAAAGUUCUGUGAAGACAUCGGUGUUGAGCCUGAAAAUAUUAUUAUGUUAGUUUUAGCCUGGAAACUAGAGGCUGAAAGCAUGGGAUUUUUUACCAAGGAAGAAUGGUUAAAAGGAAUGACCUCAUUACAGUGUGACUGUACAGAAAAAUUACAGAGUAAAUUUGACUUCUUGCGGUCACAAUUGAAUGACAUUUCAUCCUUUAAGAAUAUCUACAGAUAUGCCUUUGAUUUUGCAAGGGAUAAAGACCAGCGAAGUCUUGAUAUUGAUACCGCAAAAUCCAUGUUAGCUCUUCUGCUUGGAAGAACUUGGCCACUGUUUUCAGUAUUUUAUCAAUACCUGGAGCAAUCGAAGUAUAGAGUUAUGAACAAGGAUCAGUGGUACAACGUGCUAGAGUUUAGCAGAACUGUCCAUGCAGAUCUUAGCAACUAUGAUGAAGAUGGUGCAUGGCCUGUACUUCUGGAUGAAUUUGUUGAAUGGCAAAAAGUUCGUCAAGCGUCAUAGCAAGAAUUCAAAAGAAAAUGCAAAAGUUUUUUUGGUGCCCGCCUGUACACAAACUAAUGAGAAAAACAAAGGAUUGCAUUUUCAUUCUUAAGAAAGACUUUACAGUAAUUUUUUUCCUUUUUUAAGGAAAUUUUCUUGUUACACGUGAUAUGGGCAUUGAACCACACCUCUUCUGAGACUGAAAGUUGGAGUUCUUGUUUUGAGUCUUAUGUUUAUAGCAUUUAUUUCAGAACAAUAAAGAUUCAGAUUUGUGACAAA